GACCAGCCCUAAGCGGUCGCCAGGUUGGCACAGCAAUGUUUUAUUUGUGCAUUUGCAUGAGUCGACGUCUGUGUCGAUCGAUACGCGCUUUGAGAGAGACGGAAUACCUUCAUAGCUUCAUACCUUCGCCAGAGCGACGGCCGGGGUGACUCAACUGACUCAACCAUAAUAAAACUCAAGCACCAGGUUUCCAGCUCUUAUUACCAUCCUAAUUCUAGGAGGGUUGCCUGGGUCAGAGAAGCGACUGCAUCACAUGGACCUCAGCCGAAAGGUGACACUUAUUGAAAUGUUGAGACGUUCAAUAACAAGAGCGAAUCGAAUCAUAGCCAAAGAUCUAACAACAAUGGAAUUGCCAACCAAAGAAAAUGACCAAACCUUCAUUACCAAAACCUUGACAUCAUUGAAUAAUACGCCAAAAGAAGAACCAAUCAAAAAUCACUGUCCCUCCGCCGAUUGUAAUAAAUCCGGUACAGCGAUGGAAACAGCCAUUACCAAAGAUUCAAAAGAGAAAUCAGCCUAUGGCGAUGUGUUGUCGGACACAAACGUCAUGGACUACCGAACAAAUAGAGACGAUCAGACAAAAUUUCCGUGCCCGGUAUGUAACUUUGAAGUAAAGACGGCACACGAAUUUACUGAACACAUUCGAACACAUAACAAUGUCGAUGAAAACGAGAAAGACUAUACCUGCAAGAUCUGCUACAAAAUGCUUAGUUCGAAUUCUAGUCUGGAUAGGCACAUUUUGGUCCACAGUGGCGAAAAACCUUUCCGAUGUCGCGUGUGUUCUGUUACAUUUAACACCAAUGGCAAUAUGCAUCGUCAUAUGAGGAGCCACGAUUCGUCCGCGCGCACCGACAGUUGUGAAAGUGACGGCUCCACGGAUUCCAAUAGCGAUGCUCAAAGUCAACGACUUGAGAACAACAAUAACAGAAUAGCCAUCAAACGCAAAUGCGAUGAAGAAAUUAUUAACGAUGUUCAAAAUAAAAGACAAUUCAAGUACACGGAUGACAAGGACUUCUCGUCGUGCCCCGUUUGUGGCAAGAAUGAUUUUCAGACGACUUAUUUACUUGAACAGCAUUUUGAAAGUGCUCAUCCCGAUCACGAUAUAGAAUGCGGGAAGUGCGAAUUGAACUUCGACAAUUUUCGUGCUCUACAUCUUCAUCGAUUUAUGAAGCACAAGGAAAGCGACGAAGGUAAUGGAAAACCUGUUGUAGGUUUUUCUGAUUUGACAUUUGUAGAUUUUUCUGCUGAAAAAUUUCCGCAUAUAGCACGUGCUGCUUGUGAACUAAAUGUGCACAAACCUGCAAACGGAAGCAAAUGUUUUGAAUGUGUGAGAUGCUCGUUGGCUUUUCCAUGUGCCAGCGCUUUAGAAAUACACGAAAAAACUUGCAAAUCUGUUGCAGUAUCUCACAAAACAUCGGCGAAUGUCAAUACAGACGAUGACGUUAAACGCGAAGAUUUUUUUGCUACCUUAAAUUUACAAAACAAAACUAUAAAAGUAAAAUCGGAGGAGAAACUCAUAGAUAAAGAUUUGCUGAAUCCUCUGAUUACAAAUAAUGAUAACAAGGAUCUAGCGGAUAUUCAAUCUAUCAUAUCCAUGGCCUCAGCAAAAGCUUUACUAAAACAACUUUCAACUAAACCUCAAGAAGUGCCGAUUCAAGAAGGCGCUAAGGAAAAUCCCGUUGAAGAAGAAGCGCAAGAUCUUUUCUCAGCUGAGUUUAGAAAAAUGAAGCUUAGAGGUGAGUUUCCUUGCCGUUUAUGUACGGCGGUUUUCCCUAACCUGCGAGCUUUAAAAGGGCAUAACAGAUUGCAUUUGACUGGAAAUGGACCAGGUCCUUACAGAUGUAAUAUGUGUCCUCACUCUUCUACCGAUAAGGCCGCGUUAGUGCGCCAUAUGCGCACUCACAACGGAGACAGACCUUACGAAUGUGCCAUCUGUAACUAUGCUUUUACGACUAAAGCCAAUUGUGAAAGACAUUUACGUAAUCGCCAUGCUAAAGUUACAAGAGAAGAGGUAAAACAAUCUAUUAUUUACCAUCCUUCAGAAGAUCCGAACAAUGAUGAUUUAAAAAGAGAUCAACAAAUUAAUCAUGUGCAAACUGUUACUCCGUCCAUUUUCGGUACCCCCGAAACUGAUCCUGAGAGUGUACCUGAACAUAUACCUAAUGAUAGAUCUACACCUUUAUCUCACUUAAUAUCUCAGCGAUCUACCACAAAUUUAGCUUUGCCACGAGAUUUAUCUAUUGUCAUACCUCAAUGCAAUUUAACCACUCGCAUGUUUGAAGCCAAUCAGCAAAUCGAAAAUAUUCCACCACAGAAAAUACACGUAAAAAGUUUAGAAGAAUUAUCGAGACCGCCAAGUUAUAUCGAAUGUGAACCAGAUAGUGAAGAAGAUGAUUAUAGACCCAUAGACUUAAGCAUGGAUGCUCUUGACUUGAGCAAAAAGAGAAAACCAGAAGAGAAACCUCUGCCUGUAACACCGAUUACUUCUGAGCCACAUGAUUUAUCUAAAAAUGGAUUAGAUUUUACAGCGGCGAUGUUACAAAUGGCCCAACAACAAGAGCGCCUCAAAGGACCUGCUGCAAAUUUUUAUGCUGCUCAACUUCAAGAAUGGUAUCGUGGUGGUUUUCCUUUGCCACCGACUGCGUUUUCUCCAUUUUUUCUUCCACCUACAGCAGCGCAUCCAUUUCUUACACCUCCAAAUAAUGCACAAGAUAUAGCAAGUAUGAAAGAGUUAGAAAAAGAAAUAAUCCGUGGCUUACAAUUAUCUGGCGGAAGCUUAAUUAUGAAUAACAUGGCCUUGGCAUCAGAACGUUUACAAGCUUUUCAACAACAGGCUUUCAACAUAGCUGUAGCUGCCAAAACUGAUAAGGUACCUAUUAUUAAUGAAGAUAUAAAAAAUCCUUUACUAGUGAAUACAACUCCGCCAUCAAGUUUGGAUAAUAGCUCGCCUUAUUCUCCAAAUCAUCAUUCACCGAUAAAUAAACAAGUUGAAACAUCCACUCCAACAUCACACAGCCCAGGAGCAGUGAAGAUGGUUAUUAAAAAUGGUGUUUUAAUGCCUAAACAAAAACAAAGACGUUACAGAACAGAAAGACCUUUCUCUUGUGAACAUUGUUCUGCACGUUUUACUUUGAGAUCUAAUAUGGAGCGACAUGUGAAGCAGCAGCAUCCACAACAUUGGGCCCAAAGGCAACGAUCAGGAGGACACGUCAUACGAAGAGGACCUGUUAGUCAAACUAUCUCGCAGGUGACAAAUCCGAUUGAUAAUCAAAAUCAACCAGUUGGAUUUAAUAUAUCUGAUCAAGUAAAGUACGCAAUUUUGGCGCAACAACUGCAACGUUCUGAAUUACCUCCUCAACGACCGGAACAAGACGACGAAGACGUAGAAUUGGUUAUUGAUGAAGAAGCUCAUGAGGAAAAACCAGAAAUCAAAGAAGAACCUUCUAAUCUAACGAUGAACGAUAAUGCUAAAGCACGAAAAGUGGCUAAUGAAAUUCUGCAACAAGCUAAAUUUAUGGAAGCUACUGCUGCUGGUAUUAAAGAAAAAGAUUUCGAUUUGAAAAUCGUAUCAAAUUUAAUUCCGAAGUCGCCGAUGGAUCUUACUAAGUCGGACAGUUUCAUCCCAGUAGCUACAGUGAAAAAUACCCCAUUGAAUUUAGAUGGAAAAUUAGCACAAGCUUUGUCUAAAAAGUCACAAAUUGAAGCUAAAGGCAAAAUGGAAGAAGCAGAUUUAGCAUCAGUAUCAAAAUUGCUAGAUAAUGCUAAUUCACAAUUGCCAUUUGGACAAUUUUUUAGAAAUAAUCAAGCGCCAAGUGUAGAUGAGAGUGAAGGCGAAGAAGAAGGUUUAGUAGCUAGUGGAUCAGCAAGUGAAGAAAAUAAUUCAGGAAGCGAUGAAAAUAAAUCUGAAUCGGAACAGCGGCCAGGUGGCGAAAAAAAGAAAUCUGCCUACAGCCUGGCGCCUAAUAGGGUAUCCUGCACAUACUGCCAUCGCAAAUUUCCGUGGUCUUCGUCUCUCAGGCGCCACAUAUUAACUCACACAGGUCAAAAACCUUAUAAAUGCGCUCACUGCCCUUUAUUGUUUACAACAAAAUCGAAUUGCGAUAGACACUUGUUACGUAAGCAUGGUCAUCUUGCGCAACAGACACCAAAUUCUUCGAUUAAUAUUGAAAAUAACCAAAACGCUCGUGAAGAAAUCAAUAGCAUGGGCUUUAUAACUCGCAAUGUUCCUGAGCGCCCUUACAAGUGUUCUUCUUGCCCUAGCAGUACUUUCUCUACUAUCAGCAAUUUGAAGAAGCAUAUGUCCUGCAAACAUUCUAAUACAUCUAGUUCAACUGAACAUCUUUCUGGCGGCUCGAGACCUGCUAGUCCUGCUUCGGAAAAUGCAUCAGAUCAAAACAUGGAGAAGAAACCUAAAGUGACUGAUUGGGAAGCUCAAAUCGGCACGAAAACAACUGGAAAUGAAAAUCAUCAUCCUAGCAAUGUUAUGAACUCCGAUUUCCCAUUCAAGUGCCAUUUGUGCGAAGGAUCUUAUCCGGAAAGACAAAUAGCAUUGGAUCAUAUCAAGGAUUCUCAUUCUGAAGAAUAUGAAUUACUUGUAUCAAAGGGUGCGAUGGAUGCUGAACAAGAAAUUCAAAAUCUCAACCAGCAUGAUGAUAAUGAAGAGGCCACAUCUGAAGCAGGAAAAGGACGUUUUCCAGAUUAUGCCAACAGGAAGGUAAUAUGCGCCUUCUGCAUGCGCCGCUUCUGGAGCGCCGAAGAUCUUCGCCGGCACAUGCGCACCCACAGCGGCGUUCGGCCUUUUCAGUGCGAUGUCUGCAGGCGUCGCUUCACCCUGAAACAUUCGAUGCUGCGCCAUCGAAAGAAGCACGAUUCAGCCCAAAGCAGACACUCUUUACGCCUGCGAUCCACGACCACCGAAAGUGAAUCUUCCCAGGUUGAAAAUAACGGAGGAAUGGACUCUGUGUCCGAUACAAGUGAUGAGGAAGCUAAAAACACUGCUGUUGCUAAUGGAAGACCAGAUGGAGAUCUAAUUGGCAAUUUAUUAGGAAUUAGUGAUAGAGGAGUGCUGAAUAAAGUACUCUUUUCAGCAUCUGCUCAUGAAGCAGCUAUGCUACUUGGCGUUGAUCAUCGUAAAUAAAAUUGAAAAGUUUGAUCACUAAUUUAUAACUUAUGAAUGUGUGUAACAGUAAAUGCUUGAAUGUAUUGUACAUUUCAAUAGUAAAACCAAAUUCUAUGAAUACCUUAAUUAAUAAUUUUAUAUUAAAUACAAAUUAUA